CCGUUCCACGGCGCGAUGCUGCCCACCACCUCCGUGGGGGCCCGCAGUCAGGGCAACGGCGCGCUCAGCCCCCGCGAUGCGGCGCGGCACACGGCCGGCGCCAAACGGCACAAGUACCUGCGGCGGCUGCUGCACGUGCGGCAGAUGGACUUCGAGUUCGCUCUGUGGCAGAUGCUGUACCUGUUCACCUCCCCGCAGCGGGUCUACAGGAACUUCCACUACCGGAAGCAGACCAAGGACCAGUGGGCGCGGGACGAUCCCGCCUUCCUGGUGCUCCUCAGCGUGUGGCUCUGCGUGUCUACUGUAGGAUUUGGAUUUGUGCUGGACAUGGGGUUUUUUGAAACAAUAAAGUUGCUGCUUUGGGUUGUAUUCAUAGACUGCGUAGGUGUUGGUCUCCUGAUAGCAACACUGAUGUGGUUCAUUUCUAACAAGUACUUGGUAAAGCAGCAGAACAGAGACUAUGAUGUGGAGUGGGGAUAUGCCUUUGACGUUCAUCUGAAUGCUUUCUAUCCACUCCUGGUCAUUUUGCAUUUUAUCCAGCUGUUUUUCAUCAACUAUGUCAUCAUACCUAAUUCAGUCAUUGGAUAUCUUGUUGGGAACACAUUAUGGCUGAUUGCAAUUGGCUAUUAUAUCUAUGUGACAUUCCUUGGAUACAGCGAUGAAGCACUUGCCUCAUCACUGCAGGCAUAGUUCCAUGCUCGGAGCAACCGGCAUCAGUGGCUGGGAGCCUGCCUGCCAAGUCCCUGCUGUCAGUGUAUCCAUUUGAGGAUGUUCUACUCAUUAGUACAGAAGCUUAUAUAAACACAGAAACCAAGUCCUCAAUUCCUCUUUUUUCUUUUUUUCCCCCCACCCUCCCACAUUGAAAACAUUAGCCCAACUGAAAUGCUCUGAAGCACUAAAACUUUAAUAACUUUAUCAGAC